AUGUUCAGCUUUAGUCGGUCAGCUGAAAUUCCUGAUGAAAAAUUCCAAAAAUUUAGUGACUAGAAUAAAUAAGACUUUUCUUCGUCUUUUUAUAUAGUUUUAUUCAAAUUUAAGUUUUUUUGCUGGGAAUCAUAAAAAUUUUCAGUGUGUUUGGGCCUUCAAAAUGUUUUUGCGAAUAAUGAAACGUUUUUAACCUCUUUUUUCAUGCUCGUAACGACCUAAAUUACCUUGCGCGAAUUUUUUUAUCUAAACCUUAAAAGUACAAAAAUAAAUUGGAGGAGGAUGGACAUUUUUGAACGUUAAAAAUCGGAAGAGGAGGAUUAAAAAAUAUCAGAAUUUUUCUUUCAGUCUCUAAGGCGACUUUUUGAAUAUUUAUGGAGGAGGAUGGAAUUUUGUGAAUUUUAAAAAAAUCGGAGGAAGAGGAACUUUUCGAUAUCAAGUUUUUUCUUUCAGUGAAUAUUUUUGAGUAGAACUCGAAAAAUGGAACAAGGAUUUUUCUCAUUUUUCCUAACUUUUCAAUCCACAGGUACUUAUUUCCAAUAGCUCAUGUAACUUGACGAGAUUUUUUUCUUUUUAGUAAACUACGGAUUUCGCAUCGAAAGUUACCGUUUUUCAAAUAAAAACUGUAAAAUUUUUGAGCGAAUGCUGAUUAUUUUCGGAGAAAAAUGAAUAUCACAAAAGUAUUUUGCCAAAAGACAUUUCAUUCUCAUAGUUACUGCUUUUUGGAGGAAAUUUGAUAGAAGAAAAACUAGCUCUCUCCAAAAACACCAUUUCAAAAGUCUUUUGUUUUUCAAAAAUUGUAAGGGGUUAGAUAAUGGGGUGGGAUCAAGUAAGUUUGAUACAGUUUCUGUACCGAGUUAGUUGACUUUUUCAGACCGGUUACGGUAGAAGAGAUCCGGAAGGCGGAGGCAAGCCGGGAAGAGUUCCAGUGGCGCAGUCCGAGUGCGUCUCGAUGCCGAUCGUGCGUGGCUAGUUCAAACCUUUUUCUUUGCGAAAAUUCUUUUUAAAUUUGAAAAAAAUUAUAAGAAUGUUUUUGAAAGUCAGAAACCGGUAAAUUUAGAAUUUGGCGAUAGCCAACACUUUUUGAUGGCCGAGAAUUUUUAGCGUCUCAUAGCUUUUUAUUUAGUCCUAUCAAAAUAUGAAAGUUCGAAAAAAAUGUUCCAUUUUGGAUUGAAAAUUUUAUAUAUAACUGAAAUUGUGAAGCUCAGUAGGCAUGAAACGUAUGAGCCAUUAAUUUACGUGUUCUUUGGCAACUAGGUCAAGUACGUGGCGAUAACGCCCUGAACUAAUCAUUAUCAAUUUUGUAAAUUUUGAAUUGUUUUUUUUUUCGCAACUUUGUGUUAACGUUUUUAAUCUACUGUAACAGUUAUUUCAGCAGGGAAUUGUCACUGAAACGGGUCAAAAGACUACCUUUUCAAUCUCACUAGAGAACUAUUUCGACAAAAAAAUUUUGAGAUGCUAUGAAAUUGAUGCAUUCAUUUGGUUUCCAAAAAGUCAAAUGACUGAAAAAAAUCCUAUUACGCCAGGCCACCUCGUUAAGAGUGGAAGGCUUACAGUUCUCUGGAUUUUUCCGGUGGUAUGAAAAAAAAAACCAGCGAAUUUUCGAAAUGCGACUUUUUCCGAUUUGUUCAAAUCGCUAAGGAACUUUCCGACGGCCACCUUUCCGACGGACCACUUCCCGACUUUUUUCCCUUUUAUUUUUCGGUUCCUAAAACAUUCUUUGUCUACUUUUUUGUGUUUUAAUCAUGAAUCAACUACCUACUUUAUAUGGGAGGAUUCAAAACGAAGAGUUUAUUUAGCAAAAAAGUUGAAAAGGAUUAGUCGGAAAGUUCUCCGUCGGAAAGCUCUCUAGCUAUUUGAAAAAAUCAGAAAAAUCGCCGUUCGAGUUUUCGCUGAUCUUUUUUUCAUACCACCAUUUUUUCGUGUUUUUGUGUUUUAAUAAAAAAGUUUCAUACAUUGCUCAAAACAAGCGCUUCUAGAUGCUAGGGCGAUAUCGCCAUACAAAUGACCGUUGCGCCACGCUGACUUUUGAAAAAGUCAUUUCUGCCUUUUGGGCGUUUAUGACUUGGCAGGCAGGGCGGCCAGAGGGCAGCCAUCCUCCACCUCUGGUAUGGAUAUUCUCAUUUUAUCUAAAAAGUUGAAUCUCACAGAAUGACGGAAAAGAGAGAGAAAGCAAAAAUUUUUCACAAAAGCCUAUAAACUUGCCCAGAAAAGUCGCAACGAAGAAACCUUGAAUAUCCUGAAUGGGCAACUCCUAAGAAACCUUCCAGUUGCUUUUUUGAAUGACGGAAGCAUCUGCGGGUGCUUACUGGCCAAUAUGAGCGAACCUUUAUUUUUAGAAAACGAUUUUUCAGAUUUCGAAUUUCCAUAGCUGCUUCAGUUUCAUUCUCAAAACGGUUGACCUGCACAAAAAAAAGAAUGAUAAAAAUUAUAGCCAAAAAGUAGUUUGAAAAUUCCCUAGAUCUUUCUAUCAAAUUCAGUUUUAAAUUUUAAUCAUUUGAAAUCCAUGUCAGUCGCCUUGAGCACGCUUGUGCGUCAGUCUUGUUGUUUUUCAAAAAAACCCUUCAGACUCGAAUAUAUUUUUCUUUUUACACAAAACUCGUUCUGGAUACAAUCUUUAAUAGAUAUUGAAACAAAUCCAUAAAAAUUUUUAGUCUCUGUCCUCUUUUUUUUUUCAAAUUUCUAUACUUUUUCAAACCAAAAAAACCGAAUUCAAAAAUAAAUCAAAUUUUUCAUCCGGAAUUCACUGAAUAAAUCUUUUUCACUUAUUAUAUCAUAGUUUCUGUUAAUAUUUGAUUGAAUUUUAAUAAAAAUCUGAGGCCGGUCCAGGUCGCGUUAAAAAUGGCCCGAGGGACCAAUGCGCGGACGACGGCUCUCGCACAAAAAUCGGUCUUAUGCAAAUUCAAAAGCUUCAGAAAAAGUAUUGCGCUGAAAAUAGACGAAAUGCGAAACAACUUUCGAGUAAAUUUGAAAUAAAUAGUAUCGAAGUUCGUUCAAAAGAGCUCACAGAUAAAAUACGGUUCCACGAAAAAAAUUCUGAGGAGAUUUGAAAAAGAAUUACAAAAAGCAAGACAAACGUUUUUUUAAGUCUUUAUUUUGUUUAAAAAAAUAUGGGGGCACAAAAAUUGGGGUGGGAUCAGGUAAGUUCAACAUAUUCCUAUUUCGGAGUUUAUUGAUUUUUCAGGACGACCACGAGAGACUGGAGCGCUUCACACAGCGAAUUAUGGGUUAGUACAGAAAUUUAAAAAAAUUGAGUAUUUUGCUAGUUUAUAGAAGACUCAAGGAAGAAUUUUAUCAGAAAAAUUUCCUAAUUCAAAAAAACAGCUUUUUGCAUGUAGUGAUCUUUUUCUAGAAAAAAAUUGAAGAUCAAGAUAGAGACCGCAAACUUUUUUUCGGAUUUGUACAUUUCUAUUUCUCGCGCGUAUUCGCUUUAAUCGGCAAAAAAAAGUGCGAUAUGACAUAAUUCAUGACGUAAAUUCCAAUUUCGAUUCAAAACGGAACAAAAAAGCUCUGACACGAAACUUUUUUCGAAAUUUUAGAUUUAUCAGUGAUUUGUAGAAAAAGUUAAAUUUAAACACUGUGUGUAUCACAACUAUACAUCAUUAUUAUGAAAUGCUUCUUUUCAUAAAUUAUUUGAGGUCGUUAUCGAAAAGAUUGAAAAAGAAAAUCGAAGUAUAUCGCGCAUUUGUCCGUUUAUGCCGUGUUCAAUGAUUCCGCGAAACGCAAAAUACCCGAAAAACUUGAUUGAAAACAAUCAAGCAACGAAAAAAAUGUUGCGAGGACACUUUCCCUCUUCUUAAACCCGGAAAGUGAAAAGUAAAGCUCGGCGAAAAUUCGAAUAAAUUCAAAAACUAGCAAUUUUUUUAUCAAAAAAUUUUUGUGCAGGCACCUUUGCGCGCGGGUGCAUGCACACAAUGCGCCGUCGGUAUUUACGAACUCAUUUUUAAAUACAUUUUUUUUUAUUAAAGCGAAUAUCUAACACAUUUUCUUCUCAAUUCAACCUAAAUUUAAUCUAAGACAUAUUUCGAUUCAUAAUCACAAAGUUUUUAGCUUACCGUAGUUUUAUUAUCGCUAAAAUAUUCAAUUUUUGAUGCUGAAUUAUGAAUUAUGAACCAUAGUUUGAGUUAUUUCAGUCUGUUGGCCAUCAUUUGCAUUGGAAUGAAAAAUUCGAAAAAAAUUCAUAGUCUCCUUUUUAGCUUUUAUUUGUUCAUUGGUUAUACAGUAUUUUAAUUUCAGAGGGGAUGGCAACAACGGGAACUCCAUCGACGGGAACAUGAAAUGAAGAUCCAUUGGUUUAGUAAUAAUUUUUAUUUCCAAUGUACAAGCUUGUCCAUUUUCAGCUCUUUUCGCAUUUUUGGAGAAGUUCGACGAGCUGACCUUUCGAUUCGCGUCCAGAAGCUGUCAGAAUAACUUAACGGCUUUCUGUUUUUCCUCUGAUUUCGGUCACCUCGAUUUUUUUUCAACUCUCUCUCGCUCAUAUAACGAUCGCAAUAACUCAAAAAAAGCGAUCAUAUUUAUUAUUUGUCGAAAUUUUUGUUUUUAUUGUUGGACCUGUUUUUCAAAUUUUCUCGACCUUCCAUGCGAUCAGGCUUCGGUCCGUUUUUAAGAUCGGCCCAAAAAGCUCAAAUUUUCUUUAUUUCGAAUAUCAAGGUUUUUUUUACGAAAAAAAUUAUGUUUUUGGUUUUUUUUUUGCUUAGAGUUUAACGGUAACUAUGAUUAAACAAGUCGAAACAUGUUUUCGUUGAAAAUAUUUUCAAUCAAACUCAAAAUUCGAGCAGAAUUUUUCUCAGUAGUGAGACAUAAGGCCCAGGCCUGGCCGGUCUGACGCCCAAGCCUGGAUUCAAGUAAAAGUUUGAAGUAAAAGCCAUUUUGCCGAUUGCCUGGGUUUUUGACUGGCAAACCAACGGUGCUGACAAAAGCGAGUUUUCCGUUUGCGGGGAGUACUGUAUGCGGAUAUACGCAUUGAGUGCAUACACUUUGCGUGUUUACACUUACGUUGCGUGAUGUCAUCGGGUCGGACAUCUGCGGGUUUUUUGUUUGCGAGUUUUCUUUUUCCGAAUACUUUUUUAGUUUUUCUUGAUACUGUUUUUAUCGUGAAAAAUAUUAUCGAGAAAAAUGCAAAUCUUGAAAAAAAGCAAAAAUUGAAGAAUAUUCGACAAAAAAAUACUGGAAACAAAAACGCGGAGAUCUCCUACGCGGUGACGUCCCGCAACGAAAGUGUAUGCACGCAAUGCGCAUAUCCGCAUACAGUACUCGCAAAUGGAAAAACUCUGUUCUUGUCGUAGCACCAAACCAACAGCUCUUUCCGAUUCCACGCAGCCUGUCACACUGUUUUCGAUGAUCGUCGCAGUAUUUUUCUCAGUCAUUGUUUUGAGCAGAGAUGACGAGCAUAAUUUACUCACGAAAAUGAAAUAAAACUUGAAAAGCGAAGUAGAGCAUGAAUGAGGAACAGCUUGGCUAUAACGUUCAAAAGAAAUCAACCCUUAGUCUUUCCUUUAUAGUCUGAAGGGAAGCGGCAUAGCCAGCUGGCAAUAACUCAUUUCACAGUUAAUUCAGUCCGCAAACGUAGGUUCGAGUCGAGGUCGACUUCGUUCUUCAUCUCCGUAGAGAAUAUGUGAAGCUGGCCCAGCGAAAAGGCUCAAUCUCGCCAUCGGCCUUUGCAGCCGGCACCGUGCUGCUGCCUACGAAACCUCUCGCUUGUACCUGA